AACUUACCCCUCUAACCCCGGAGGCGCCACUGAACAAACAAAUUCAAAUCGAGAAAAGACGUUACUGUAUGAAUCCGAGUUGUGUGGCCUGUGUUGCUUACUUCUCGGAGGAAACGGUAACACAUAUUUUUUUGGCAUCACGAAAAUAGCAGUUUCCUUUACGUGGACGUGAUUGACGAUGGCGACGAGAAAUCGGACUGCAGUUACGAUGAACCAUACAAAUCAAGAGAAUAUUAAAAAUGUAAAAUCUUCAAUUAUUAUACCAGCGAAUACAAAAAGGGCGGCACUAGGUGAAAUAAGUAAUAAAGUUAACAUAUUGAGGGGUGCACAGCCUAUAGAUAGGACUAGCUUAUUGCAAAAGGAUAAGAAGAAAGUGGUAAUAUCAAAACGACAAGCUGUGAAACCAAAUGUAUCUGAGAAGCCAGUGCAAGUUGUACAGCCAGUUAUUUCUGUCACGGCUAAAGUAGAUAAUGUCUCUAAUGCAGCUAUUAUACCAACAACUCCCGUUAGUCAAAAGCGAAGAGGGAAAAACUCAUUUUCGACAGAUUUAUUAAAAUUCGAAGAUAUUGACGAACAAGAUAAAGGAAAUCCUGUUCUAGUUUCUAUUUAUACCAACGAUAUACACGAGUAUUUAAGGACAUUAGAAAGAGAGACUCCUAUUAUAAAAGGAUUUUUAUCGGGUCAGGAAGUCACUCCUAAGAUGAGGAGUGUGCUGGUUGAUUGGUUAAUCGAAGUACAUCAACAAUUUCGGUUAAUGCAAGAGACAUUAUAUCUCACGGUCGCAAUUAUCGAUCGUUUUAUACAGUCUUUCAAAACCAUAGACAGAAAGCAAUUGCAGCUGGUAGGUGUGGCAGCUAUGUUUAUCGCUAGCAAAUAUGAAGAAAUGUAUUCGCCAGAUAUAAGUGACUUUGUAUACAUCACAGACCAGGCAUAUACUAAAUUAGAUAUAUUGGAAAUGGAAUUACUCAUAGUGAGAACCUUAAAUUAUUCAUUCGGCCGACCUUUACCGCUGCAUUUUCUUCGAAGAUAUAGCAAAGCUGGGAAGGCACUUCCUAUACAUCAUACAAUGGCCAAAUAUUUCCUUGAACAAAGUUUAGUUCACUAUGAAAUGUGUCAUUAUCCACCUAGUCUCAUUGCUGCAGCAGCAAUCUAUCUAGCAUUUUUAAUUAUUGGUAAUGAUGAGGAAGACGAAAGCAAAGAUAUCUGGACAGACACUUUAGCAUACUACAGCACCUAUUCUAAGGACGAUGUGUUACCUGUAGUGCGUGAUAUAGCUGCCAUGAUAAUUAAUUCAGAAACAAGCAAAUAUCAAGCCGUGAGAAAGAAGUACGUCCAUGUGAAACAUAUGAAAAUUAGUGUUCGGCCAGAGCUUAAGUCGCCAAUUAUGCUUGCCAUUGCAGCAAGAAGCAAUGAAACAGAAUUAUAAUAGAAUAGAAUAGAAUUUAUAUAUUUGUGACAUUAUUAUAUAAUAUUGAGAGAUUAUUUUUAAUAAGAUAUUUGUAUAUUGUAUCAAACACAUAAUGAAUCUAAUCAUGGACGUUAUAGUUCAUAAAACAAAAGAGAGAGAGAGAGAGAGAGAGAGAGAGAGAGAAAACAUUCUUCAAAAGAUCAAGCGAACUUUGUCAUAAAGUAAUAUAAAUGAAUAUUGUAUAAAUUAUUGUAUUUGAUACACAAAUUUCUUAUUGAAUCUAUUCUCGUUCAGUCACAAAGUAGCGAAAAACAGGACGUAUUUAGAGAUUUAUAUACAAAAGUUUGUUAAGAUUAGCAUGAAAAUUUAGUCAGGUAUCACUGAUGGACUUUAUUUUGGACUGCCAUAGUUAAACUAGGUAUAGCAGAAAUCAUAAAAAUGCAUCUUUUAUAAUGAAAUAUUAAAUAAAGCUUUUAGUUUUUAUUCAUAGCUAAUUAUAAAAAUAUUUUAAUUUUGAUAUACGUCCUAACAUACACACACAUACAGAUAUUUUUAAUGUCACCAUAUAGAAAUAU